AUGAGCAACAGACACCAAAACCGUCAUGUUAUAGCUUCAAAUCAAGGCACUUCCAAGGUUGGUAAGGACAAAUUUGCCACCAGUACUCCAAAGAGUCAGAAAUCAAGGAAAAAUACUGGCAGGUCCAAUGAAAUAACGGACCGUUUCAUUCCACAAAUGGCGUCUGGGACUGCUUUCAGGUCAGCCCGAAGACUGCAAACUUUGGAUGUUGCUACUGAAGGUCUCAAUGAAAGUAAUUCCAGCAUGGGCUCCCCAUCUCACCUGAGUAUGCCUGGGUUUUUCCGCGACCUAAGAUCUAGGGUGCACUACAAUUCGAUAAUUGCAAACCGCUCCAUAACGACACCACCUACGCCAAAUGAGAAGCUUGAGCUACAGAAGCUACUCAGUUUUCAGAAGCUCUAUCGGCAACAUGUGGCGGACGCGUUAGGUUUGUACUCUGACAAUCGCGUCUAUCAAUUCGCAGCCGCCGAGGUCCAUAGCGCUAAAACUGCUGCUGAUUCAAAACAAGCCGCCUCGGGAUCGUACACACCAAAUAACUCAAGGGUAGAUCCACUGCUGUCUAUUUUGGCACCAAAUCAAGUUCUGUCAUAUUUGGUCUCCCAAACGUUUUCCAAAAGCUUGAGAACCAAAAGCCUUGUGCCAACAACUCCAAGGCCAAAAACGAGACCCAAAUCCCACGUCCCAUAUCGCGUGCUUGAUGCGCCCUCUCUUCGCAAUGACUUCUACUGCAAUUUGGUCUCCUGGUCUAAUAAGACAGAGAAUAUUGCGGUGGGUCUCGGUUGUGCAGUUUACUUGUGGUCAAACAAGAGGGGGGCUGCCAAUGUGCUACAUUAUUCUUUUUUACAGUCGCGCAAAGAUUAUGUGACUUGCGUGGCCUUCUCGCCCUUUGACGAGCAUUUGGCUGUUGGUACCAAGCAAGGGCGGAUAAUGCUGUUUGAUCAAGUAGAUGACGAGGAACCUAGCUGGGAUGGUAACAAACCUAAAUCUGUGGGGACCGAUGAUUCCAUCACGGGUGUUUGCUGUCUUGAGUGGAUGCAUCGAGAUGGAAAAACCUAUUUGUUGGUUGGGCAAGAGAACGGCAGCGUCCACAUCGUUGAAGUGCUUUCUGAAUCUACUCGUCAAUUUGAACACGAAGAAGGCCUGGAGCUUCAAUUGUCGGGUGACUUCAGACAGCUUGAAAACGUUCAAGACACCAACGGUGAAUUUCCCGUUGUUGGUGGCCGAGCUCGUGAGAUGAAUUCGACAGGCGCACAGAAAAAACUGAACAAGCUUCAGAAUAACAAAUCGGUCUUCCGAACUACAUCGAAAAUUAAAGCUCAGAGCCAACAAGUUUGCGGUCUCUCCCUGGAUAGAAGUGCAACCCAGUUGGCAGUUGGCGGUAACGACAACUCGUGCACGAUCUGGGAUAUAACAGAAUUGCAGUCCAUAAAACUCCAAUUUGUGCUUCCACACAAAGCAGCCGUUAAAGCUGUGGCCUUCUGUCCUUGGUCAAAAUCACUUUUAGCCACUGGCGCUGGUAGCAAAGAUCGUAAUAUUCGCUUUUGGCAUACAAAAUCGGGAACAUUGCUUAGCGAGACAAAGGCGCCGGGCCAAAUCACUUCACUAAUAUGGUCACUUCGCCAGAAGCAAAUUGUUGCGACUUUUGGAUUUGGAGACGCUGAAAAACCGACAUUGGUGUCAGUAUAUUCUUACCCGUCGAUGACACCCACUCUGGAGGUGCACUCUGUGACCUCACUUCGAGUCCUGAGCGCCGUUCCGUCCCCAAAUUUUGGAUCAAUAUGUGUGGCUACGAAUGACGAGACUGUGAGAUUUUAUGAGCUUUGGAGUCUGAAGGACUGCACGAUUUUCGAGGCCCAAGAGAAGGGCAUUUAUGGAAGCGAUUUAAUCGAGUACACUGAGGGAAUCCAAAAGGGCCACGAACAGAUCCGAUGA